GAUUGUACACUAUAUUUGUAUAUUAUACACAUGUUUCCAAAUUUUAUAGAUCUUUAUACUAUGGAUAUAAAUGAGUGGCAAGAUUAUCAAAAUUGUGUUGACCAAGAGCUAAAAAGAAUAGCUUGGAAAAAACUUGUUUUACAAAGUAUUAGAAGAAGUGAAAAAAACUUUUUUAACAAUCAAAACUUACCAACAAGUAUUACGAAUGAUUUUUGUAAUACUCUUGCUUCUCAGUUUCUCUCUGCAAUUGAUGAAGAGUGUAUGCUGACAGGUGAUGAACCUGGCCAUCUUUUAGAUUUUUUGUCUAAAGAUUAUGGACUUCAUUUGCUUGUUGCAAUUGAGCAGUAUGGAGCGAAAAUUUUAACAUGUUGCAAUGAGCUGUCUAGUUUACUUUUCUCUCUGCUACCACUUAUAUUGCAAGGACACAGUUCAGAAGAAGACAAUUUAUGUUUAAUAGAAUCAUUGUAUGAUAAGUGGGACAUUAUUUCUAUAAGCAAAAAGUUUAAAGAGCUGACGAAAAAUAUUUUUUUGCUGAAUAUUGGUAGUGAAAGAGAUGAUGACUUAUCCACAACUUUAUUUUAUGAUAAGGCAAUUGAUCGAAGUGAACUAUUUUUGUUAAUAGCAUCUGGUUUUGUUACCCUUAUACAGAAUGAUUCAAUGAGGAAAAAUAUUGUGUCAUGUAUAGACUUUAUAUGUAAAUGUUUAACUGUUAUUUCAGAAUGCAAAGUUCCUCCAUUAAGUUUUAUUUUAAUAAAACUUUCAGCGGUUCUAAUUUAUCAGGCUGGCAGUUCUAGCGCUGGUGUUAAUUUAAUAUUAUCCAAUAAAUUUUUUAGUAAUUAUUCUCUCAUAUCUAGCUUAUAUUUACAAUCUGAUUUAUAUUCGGACUACAUAAUAUGUUUGAACACAUUUAUUGCAUCGCUUACAUCUCUUGUUCAGUGUGUUUCAGUGCUUUUUCUUUCGCCAUGCAAACAUAGUGAGAUUUAUAAACUCAUAUAUCAAGAUAUCAAAAAGGAAUUUUUCUAUAUAAUAAAAAAAGUACUAUCUAAGUAUGAUUGUUGCAGCCAUUAUAAAUCUACAAAACUUUUAAAGAGUCACAUCACAUGCUGCAUAGAGUUCAUAUUUAAGCUUAUUGUUAAGCUCAACAAAAUUUUAGAAGAAAACAACUUAUGUUAUUUAAAAUUAAAAAAAAAAAAUCACAUACCAGAAAAGAAAGUUGCAAAAUCAAAAAAUAAAUCCAGUCCAAUGAACAGUCCUAUGAAAUUUCAAAUGAAUAGGUCAUCUGAAUCUUGCUCAUAUUUCUCCAGUGAUAUGUCUGACAUUGAAAAUAUGCUAUCAGCAUCAGAUGAGUUCAAUGAUGAUAAAUUGUUAAAUGAUGAGUGGUUGCCUGGAAACAGACCAGAUGGUCCUUGUUGCAUUGUUUUCACAUGUGCCAAGUUCUUUUUUGACUGGUUUAUGGAAGAAGAGAAUCUUUAUAUUCAAGAGCAAAUUUUGUUCUCUUUGAAUAACAUUAGUUUAUGUCAGUGUGUUGAUAUUGAUUCAUACUUAGUUUUAAUUUUGUCUCGGUUAAAGUCAGUUAAUGAAUCUAAUAUGGAUAAAACCUUAGCUUUGGUUUGUCAUAUACUAGCUACAAACCCAUUUUCUUCAAAUAAAAUUUUGCCUCAGCAAGUUAAUGGCUCAUGUGAUGAAACUGAUAAUAAAAGCACAUCAUUUCAAACCUUCAGUUUUGUUGAAACAAUAAACAACUUGCUUAAUACCUCUUCUGUUGUUACACAACAUAUUUUUAAGCAUUUUGCAUGUUUAGUAUUAAGUAUAAACUCUUUCAUGCAAGAGGUAAUAUUUUCUACGGUCAUACUUCCAAAUUUAAAAGUUUUUAUACCAAAAGACUACUUUGAAGAUUGUUUUACACCAGUGUCAAUAAGCUGUGAGUCCAUAGUUGAAGGAUUUUUAUGGCUUAUUCUUUUAUACAUGCAACCUGAUGAACAUUCCAUUGAUUUGUUGUUUAUGUAUAAUUACGUACCAGUUUUAAGAAAUCUAGCUGUUAAAACUAAUUGUCGCCUUGCUUGUAAAUCUGUGGAAAUACUAAAUCAAAUGUAUAAAGUUUUGUCAACAAGUGAGCUAAAAAUAUUAAAAAAAAGUGCAGUUGAAAUUUCAAAAGCUCAUAUGAGCAUCGUAGAUACUUUUUUUAUUGUGGCUUGUGAGUUGUUUAAGAAUCCGAUAGAAACUUUGUUCUGUGAGAAUACUGUUUUGGUUUAUGUACUUGCCAUUAUUGACUCAGUUUAUAAAAAACAUGAUACAACUCAAACAAAGUUUGAGAAAUUUGGACUUAUAAAUAAAUGUUUUAUCAUGUAUGAAUCGCUUAUAGAAAAAGCUUCAGUUUUUUUAGACAAUAAAUUUGAUGAGCAUUUUGGUGAUAUUUCAACAGCUUUAGUGUGGCUUCAGGUUUUAAUACGCUUGAUGGUUGUCUCAAAUUCGAAUGAGUCUCUAAAAGAAGAUAUUGUGCAACAAUUAAAGAAAUCUUUUUUGAGUCAACAGGUUCUUCAAUCUCAAAUAAAAAAACAUGUUUGUUUAAGCAUUUUUAACACAAGUAUAUAUCCUCAAAGAAUGUUUCUUCCUGAAAUAAAAGAGCAAAAUGAUUUACAUUUGUUGCAAAAGUCUCAAGUUGACUUAUUAGAUGAACAUCAUAAAAACAUUGUUUAUGAGGAGCAAGGUUAUGAAGCAGAUGAAGAGUGUGAUGAAUUAGAAAAUUACCAUCAUGCCAAGAACUCAGUUUCGUCUCAUAGAUCUUCAUUGUCUAAUGUUCACAGAGGGCUUUCAUUUUCUCCAAUUAUUGAUCAACCGUGGUUAUGCAUUACACUUAUUAAGUGUCUCAUUGGCUUUGCCCAGACUAACAGUGAAGGUAUUGGUCUGUUGACAGAAGUUUUGGAAGAACUUUACAUGCAUCAACUCCAUUCACUACAUAAUAAUAAAGUUUUAUAUGAACAGGGUUUUUUAGGAAUUAUUAUUAAUGAUUUAUCUACUGUGCUUGAAGCAAAUCAAACAGGUUUACUCAAAGUAACAGGCAAGAUAAUUUCUCAUCUCACUUCAUAUUCUAUAACUACUUCUGAGCUUAUAGGGUUCAUUCACUUAUUUAAAUUGCCUAAUAUACAGAAAAGAUGGUUAGCAGUUGUGUUGCUGGAAAUGAGUGAAACUGCUUUCAAAAUGUAUGGGCCUACAAAAUAUUUAUUGUUUCCUGUCCAAUUCAAUAGUUUGUGGAACAAGAGGAAAAAAAUCACGUUUUUUCAAACUGACACACUUUUAAAAUCAACUAACAACACAAAACUUAAAAUAGAUAAAGAAGUUUUAAAAUAUGACAACACAGAAAGUAAAAAGCUUUUAAAUGGUUUACAUAAGCCAGCCUCGGAAGUAGCUCCCAUUAAACUUCAACUCAAGAGUAAUUUUAUAUGGCCAGAUAAAGAGGUAGGCCUUUCUAUCUGGUUCAGACUAAAAGAUAAUGACUGUAAAUUUAUAGAGCCAAAAGUAAGAAGAAAGUCUAGUAAAAUUAAUACACCUGAGCACUACACAUGUGUUUCUGAAGAGUUUUUUCAUUUGUGUUCUUUUGGUGCUUUGAAUGCAGUGUUUGAGGUUUGGUUAGGGUCAUCUAGUGGCUGUCUACAAUAUAGAUGGCUAGUUUCAAGUUACGGGAACAAUGAAAUUUGGAGUACAUUUGAUCAUGUCAUUGUGCCACAUAAUUUAUUGUUUAAUGUUUGGCAACAUCUAGUUGUUUCAAUAUUAGUUUUAUCUGAACAUAGCACAGCUAAGAUUGUAACAUUUUUAAAUGGUUGCCAACUUUCUUCUGUUCAAAUGAAGUACCCAAGUCAAUCAGUUCAAAGCCAAAUGUCAUUAUUUGCGCUUAUUGGGCAUGGUUUAAAUGAAGUUGAACUAAAAAGUAGAACAAGUUACAGUAAGCUCCUCAACACAGGUGUUUUCAUGGUUUUUCAAGGAAAGAAUUCCUUCAUGCAGAAAAACAAAAAGAAUGGUCAAACUUACCCUCUCGAUCAUAUGGAAGAACCAGUUAUGAACAAGUUAAAAGCUAUAUACAUUUAUUCUCUUGGACCAAAUAAUGUCAGCAUUGAAAACAAUGAAAAUUUAUCAAGUAAUGCGACAAGUCAUAUGGAUUCAUCUUUAAAUUGGGAUAGUGUUGUCUUUAAAGAGUUAUCAUUUUGCAUGAAUAUAAUCACUGAGAAUCUUGUUGCAAACUCAAUACCUUUAAAGCUGUUUGAAAAUCCUUCAGAAGUUCUUCCUAUAAUCAAAGCAGAAUUACAGUCAACAUUAAUGCUUCAGUAUAGUCCAAACUCACACAAUGAGUUUGUUCAGUACAUUCCCUACUUGAGAACUAAUGGAAAAAUACAACAUACUUACUGUAAUGAAAAUGAUGAGCAACAUGAUGGCACUUUGACUUCAGCUGUUUUAUUAGGAAAUAUACAAAUAAAUACGCAUAACAGUUUUGAAGUGGCAAUAAAUAACUGUGGUGGUAUUCAAGUGCUUAUUUUUUUGCAUGCUUUGGUUGCUGAGAACCCUAAUUCUGAAGAAAUCCAUUCAGCAGUUUUAAAAACAAUAUUUGUUAUUCAAAAUUGUUGCUUGUAUUUGCAACGUGAAAUGAAUGACAUAGCAGGGUACAUUCUUAUAAAUCAUGUGUUAGAUUGUACUCCAAAUAAACCAGGUCUGAAACUUCUUAAAAUUAUUUUUGAAUCAAUAUGUGAUGGACAAAUAUUUUGUCCGGUAUACAAUGGAGAAAUAAGCGAUUGUGUUGCAAACCCUUCUACUACUGCUGUUGUAAAAAAUGUUUGCAUAUUACAACUUUUAAUAAAAAACUGGAAACUUUUGAGAAAAGCAGGAUUGGUUGUUCAGUUGUUGUGUUUAAAUGUUUUAAAAAAUUUGAUUCGUCUUGAUCAUCCCCACCAUCGAUUUAACUUGAUGCAAUUUCAACGUGCUGGUGUAGUCGAAAAUAUUCUAAUGGGUUGUCGGGAAAUGCAACAAGAACACUCCACAAAACUGGAUCCAUCACUGUGCAGUUUGUAUGUUGAUAUUGUGCAGAGUUUAUUGGGGAAAACAAUUGAUAUAUCAGUAUUGAAAAGUCUUUGUUGUUUUCUCAUUGCUACACAUCCAACAAUAGAUACUUUAAAUCUUCACUCUCCAGAAAACUUUUAUCUCAUUCCAAAAGUUUUUAGUGGAAAACAUAUAUCCAGAUCAUUAAGUGAAAAAUUACAAACAAGACGAACUAUGUCAUUUUCAUCAUCAUAUGGUGGUCAAGAAACAGAACAAAGAUUAGGUUUUUCAAUAAAAAAGCAUAGCACCUCACCUCAAGUGAUUCUUUCUCAAGAAGAUUCAAUACCAGGAACCAUGCAGUCUGAAGUAAUUAUUUUGCGAUCCAGCUCAGAAAUGUUCAAAGAUAAUGACUCUGAUUCUGCUUCAUUAUGCAAUGGAAAACUAUUAAAUCGUCACAACUUAUUGAAAUUUGGUCAUCGUAGAAUACAAUCAGAUAGUGCUGUUCAUACCAAAACUUAUGUUGAGCAUCCAAAAAAUAAAAUAAAAAAGGCAUCAACAACAUUGGCUGAGUCUCAAGAGUAUGAUAUUAUUUCUGAUUCAGAACUUCCAUCAUCUUAUGAAGGACAUGAAGAGUAUUUAGUUGUUGAUGGUUUUAUUGAACAAAAGGUGGGAAGUUUUAUGCCCAAAAAAUUUGCUACAACUGAUGCAGACUGCUUUUUUAAUUUAAGACUUGGUUUAUUAGAAUUGUUACAGUCUACACUAAAGAUUUUGCCAGAAAAUCUGUUGAAAAAAGUUUACAGCAAUAUAUUAAGAGUUGAACACUUGCUGGUAUUAGUAAACCAAUCUUCAGAAAAGCUAAGAGAAAUAGCUCUUGAGAAUUUGUUAAUAUAUUUGGAGCGUGGAGGCAAAGAAUGCUAUUCUAGUUUCAACAAACUUAUGGGGUUUCAUUUGUUGGCAAACAUACUUCAUCAGCAUGAAGUUACUGUGAAAAUUGUUGAAAUAUGCUUAAAGGUUCUGCAAAAUAUGCCUGAUUUAACAAAAGAAAAUAGUUUAAAUCAAACUGUUGAAGAUUCAAGAAGAACAAUGAUUGUACCUUGUAUGGUUCUUUUGCAAGGUUGUGUCCAGAAACCUACAGGAUUUGCCAUGCUUGUCAGUUUUUUUGUCAAAAUAUUAGAAGAACAAGAGAAAUUAUCAUUAUUAGCAUUGGAAAAUGGUUUUGCUAACAUCAUUGUAAAUUUAGUGAUUGCUUUGAGCAAUGAAAGUUUAGGAUCAAUGAAUUCUAGCUGGAAAAAAGAAUGUUUUAGUCAUUUUCUUUUGUUGCUAGACUGUCUAGUCAAGAAAACUUGUUGCACAUUGCAGAUGGUGUAUUUUCAGAUGUACAAAAAUGUGCAGUUAUCUUUAGAUUGUAUAGAUGUUAAAAAAUAUGCAACUGGAAAUAAUGCUCUUCUUUAUAAAACCUGCCGUUUCCUAAAAUACUAUUUGAUUCAAGCAGCUUUUUCUAUAUUUCAACAUCCAAAUUCUUACAUGUCAACACUGUGGUGCUCAGCAAGCAGUCAGUUUCGUGAUUCAUCUAUGGAUUCUCGACGCUCAAUUCGUGGAUCUGUUGCUCAAAAUAUUAUGCUUAAAAUUCGUGGUAGUACCUAUAAUAAAAUAUCUUCCUCUGUUGCUUCAACAGCUGAUAUCCAAUUAACAUUUCAAGAAAUAUUAAACGAUGCUAUUAAGUUGACAAUGUGCAGUAAAUCUGAUCUAACAACAGGAACUGUAAUGUUUGGUCAUACUUUGAAAUCCCUUCAAGAAACAAAAAUGAAAGCAGAUGGUGAUGCAGACAGGGAAUUUUGUAGAUCAUUGUUGUUGUGGCUCUUUAACUGCGUUAGAACAGCAACUGGAGCUGGUGUACAUUCAACCAUUUGGGUAUCGUUAUUAAAGAAUAUAAAAGACGAGUUAAUUACACAGAGCAUAAAUCUUAUACAACACGUUAUUUCACCUUUACGAAGUACUCAAGCUCGCAUUUAUUUCGCAGACUUACUUGUUGAAAACUUCAACCUGCUUCAAUACAUGCUCUCAUCCAAUAGUGUUCCAAAGACACAAGAUCGAGUCAUUGCUUGUCUUAUUAAUCUCUUAAAUCUUCCUGGUCAUCAUCUCACUGAAGGUGAGGUAAAAACACUAGCCAAACUUCAUUCUCUACUUUCAAAUAUGAAUGCAACAAAUAUUAGUGAUCAGAUACUUAUAGAUGAAAUUCGAGAGAUUAAACGUAAAAGAAAAGAAGAAGAAACUGAGAAAACAAAAAUUGCUACUAAAAGAAUUUUAGAUUGCAAUGAAAGGCUUUGCGGAUCUAUUAUGGAUCUUGGCAUGAAGGUUUCUAAAGUUAUUGUGGAUAUACAAGAUAGAGAGCGACAAAAGCUUCUGCGUGUCAUUCGUGAUUCAGAUUCAAAAAACGUGGAAGUUCGAAAAGCAUGGAAAAAUCUUAUUCAGCACCUUACUCAAGAGAGGGCCCCAUGGUAUGAUGAAAACUGUUAUCCUUGCUCAUGGCAAUUAGAUCCUACUGAAGGACCUUCAAGAAUGCGUAAACGUUUACAGCGCUGUCAUCUUGACAUAGACCAAAGAUUUUUUUUACCUAAUGCUAAAGCUAAAAAACAAUUGCACUUGAAGCCUAUGUUAUCAUAUUUGUUUGACGAAGUUGGUAAACCUAUGGCAUACAGCUUCAAAACAAAUGAUAUUAUCAGAUUUCCUUAUCAUUGUCAAAGAGUAACUCCUGCUGCCAAGAGUGCUGGAGAGUUUUUAAUUGGUGAAACACAUUUGUAUUUUGUAGCAGAAGAUAUGCUAGAAGAAGAAGAUAAAACUCAAACCUUCUUCAGUGAGAAAGACAUAUCAAUAUCAUGGAAGUAUGAUGAAAUUCGUGAAAUUUUAAAACGACGUUAUUCUCUGCAGGAUAAUGCAUUGGAAAUAUUUUUAACAUCUGGAAGGACAUUUUUACUUGCUUUCAAAGAUACUAAGGUUCGCGAUGAAGUGUUUAAUCAUCUGAUGUCUAGAGAACUUCCGAAUUUAAUUGCUACAGAAUCUGAUUUUAAUACUCUAACAAAUCGGUGGCGUGAUGAUUCUUUAACUAAUUUUGAAUAUCUGAUGGAAUUAAAUAAAAGAGCUGGUCGUUCAUUCAAUGAUUUAAUGCAAUAUCCAGUUUUUCCAUUUAUUCUUGCUGAGUAUGACAAUGACGUGCUUGAUCUACGGUUACCUCAAAGUUUCAGAAAUCUGAGUAAGCCAAUUGCUUGUCAAGAUAAAAGCAAAGAAGAAAAGUAUAUUGAAAAUUAUAAUUAUUUAAAAUCAGAAUUUGAACAAAUGAAAAUUUUUGAUCCAGUUCAAGCAACACCUCCCUACCAUUACAGCUCUCAUUAUUCAAACAGUGGCACAGUUUUACACUUUUUAGUUCGCCUUCCACCUUUUACUAAUAUGUUUUUAAUAUAUCAAGAUAAUCAGUUUGAUAUUCCUGAUCGAACUUUUCAUUCAAUAAGUACAACAUGGAAACUUUCUUCUUUUAUAAGCAGUACAGAUGUUAAAGAAUUAAUACCUGAGUUUUUUUUCUUACAAGAAUUUUUAGUUAAUAACGAAGAUUUUAACCUUGGUGUUCGCCAAAAUGGAGAAAUUGUACACGACAUCGCACUUCCAAAAUGGGCACAUAAUCCUCGUUUAUUCACCUUAAUUCACAUGCAGGCAUUGGAAUCUACCUAUGUUUCUGAAAAUCUGCACCACUGGAUUGAUCUUGUUUUUGGCUAUAAGCAAACUGGAACAGCAGCUGUUAAAGCCACCAACGUUUUUCAUCCUGCUACAUAUUUUGGUGUUGAUGUAAGUGCAGUCAAGGACACUAUUCAUAGACGUGCUUUACAAACAAUGAUUGAAACUUAUGGUCAAACUCCUUCACAGUUGUUUUCUUCACCUCACACAAAAAAAAAUAUGAAGUCUGCAUCGAUUGAAGCAUCAGUACCUACUGCAGUGGAGAAUAUUUUGCCUGGAAUUUUAAAAGAAGGCAUAGUACAAUGCGAAGAUUUACAAAAUGAAGAUCAAUGUACUCCAUUUCCAUCAGUAGUUGGUAUUGAUUGGGGGAGUUAUUGUGGGUCUCCAUUUCAUGAAAUACCUAUUGUUCAGCAUUUUAGCUUUUCUCCUGUUGUUAUUCGUCAAAUCAUUACAUCCUCAGAUUCAUUAUCUGCAUUUUUAUGUGGCUCUAAUGCAUGUAUCUUAACAAAUAAAUCUCUAAAUUCAGUAACCAUUGAUAUUGGUAUGCUGACAUGGGGUUGGACUGAUUCAAUGCUACGCUUGCAGCAUUUAAAUGGUAAUGCAAAGAAAAUAUUUGCACCAAUGCGACCUGAUUGUGUUACUUGCUGUGCAUAUGUUCCAGGUUCUGAAGUUUUGUUUGUUGGCGGAGAAUCAGGGGUUAUAAAUGUUUGGCCUAUUAAAUAUUCAAAUAAUGAGCCUAAUCUUGACAUUAUUGGUGCGAAGCAAAACUUGCUUGGUCAUGAUGAUGCCAUAACAUCUAUUUCUAUAAACCAAUCUUUCAGUAUCGUUGUUACCUCAUCAAAAGACAAAACUGCAAUUAUUUGGGAUUUAAACAGAUUAUGUUACAUUCGAAGCCUUCCUGCACAUGAAAACAGUGUGGAUUGUGUUGCCAUAAAUAAUGUAUCUGGUGAUAUAGCAACAGCUUGUGCUGUCGAAAAACAUAGUCGAAUAUAUGUAUGGACUAUUAAUGCUAAAGUUAUUGGUAACUUUUUGGUAAACGAUCAAGUGAUGUGCUUAGCUUUUUCAUGUCUUCCUGAUGGUAAAGCUGUUAAUGUUAUUAUAGCUGGAUUAUACAGUGGCGAGAUAAGGUUUUGGGAAACAUGGACUCUGCAACCUAUACGCAGACUGAUAGCUUCUAGUUCAAAACAACCUAUAACAGCCAUUUCGUUCUUUAAUUACGAUGCGUCAUACUUGAUUACUGCUGACAAAUCAGGAAAGAUUACGGUUUGGUCUCCAAGUGAUAUAAAGCUAAACAAACUUCCAACACUUGUGAUAGUUGGUACCCAAUAAUUUUUAUAUAACCUUGUUGAAUCUUUUUUAUAUGUCUGAUGUUUAUAGCUUUUUGUAAUAUAAUGUAUUUAUACUCUAAAGUUUACAAAAAUAAAACUUUAUUUAAAA